AUGUAUAUCAAAAUGAUGAAUUCAACAGGAGAAAUAAGAAAUUUAUGCUUAAAUGUUUUUAAUGCACUUAAGAAAAAGUGUGAUGAAGAUAUUGAAUCGAAUGAUGAUAAAAAAAGGAAUUGUGAUAAUAGCUCAGAUAUUAUGGAGAAGAUCAAAAAUAAUGAUGAUAUUGAUAUAGAUGACAAUCAUAUAGAUGACAAUCAUAUAGAUGACAAUCAUAUAGAUGACAACUAUAUAGAUGACAACCAUAUAGAUGACAACCAUAUAGAUGACAACCAUAUAGAUGACAACCAUUUAAGUGAUAAGAAAAAAUACUACAAAUCCAAAAAAAAUGAACCAUAUAAAGAUAUAAACAAAUUAAACCAACAGUCUUCUUUAAUAAAUAAAAAAGAAGGGAAGGAUAAUACAUCUGUUCCUAUUAAUAACAAAGGCAAAAGUAUAUCAAAAAGUAACAGUACGUGGACGAACGAAAUUAUCAAGAAAGAAUACAAUAAAAAGAAAAAUGAAAAGAACAAAAAAAAUAUCGAAGAUAAUAAAAAGAUAAAUGAUGAAAACAAAAAAAAAUAUGAAGAAAAUAAAAAAAAAUAUGAUGAAAUUAAAAAAAAAUAUGAUGAAAAUAAAAAACUAUAUGAUGAAAAUAAAAAAAAAAGUGGAGAAAGCAAAAAAAAGAAUGAAUAUAAUAAAAAAAAUAAUAUAGAAAAUAAAAAAGAUGUUAAAUAUAAUUUUAAUAGAACUAAUUAUUUUGUUCCUAACGAAAUGAAUGCGAAAAUAUAUAAAAAUAAUUACGCACAUAUAGAAAAUAGAAAUGAAUUACGAAAUAAUAUCCCUACAUAUAUAAUGAAUGAGAAUAAUAAUAUAAAUAGAAGUAAUAGAAAUGAAAAUAAUUUGUCUUUCUUAAAUUCAGGAUAUGAAGAAAAGUCAUCAUAUGUAUAUAAUUAUGAAGAGAAAUUAAAUGUGUCUUGUAGAUUUUUUAUAGAAGAAUCUAACCCAUACGAAUUAGAUAUAAGAAUGUUAAAAGAAAAUUGUCUAACUGUUUUUGAACUUUUAUAUAGAGAAAAAAGAAACUGGUGUUCACUAUAUAUAUCUACAAUGAAUGGACCUAUGUCUAAUUUUAAUUAUCAUUUGUUUAAGAUAUUAUGUAGUGAUGAUGAGAUAUAUAUGUAUUUCUUCUUAUUCAAGAAAUUUAUUUUUUCCUGUUAUAUAUAUUUUAAUUUAGUAAGUAUACAAAUAUAUUCUAAUUUUUUGAAUAAUGAUGAAAAUGAAAUAUGCUAUGAUUUUAAGAAUGUAAUAAAUACAAACAUGCAACAAACAAAUAAUAAAGUUGAUAAGGUUUGUGAUGAUAUUGUUCAUAAUAAUGAUAAUAAUAUGUCAUCUAAUACUUAUAGUAUAUCGAAAAAAAAAAAAAAUUUAACUUAUGAUAUAAAUGAACAAGGAAAAAAUAAAAUACAAGAUGAUAUAUUAUUAAAUAAAAAAAAUAAAUAUAUAUCCCCAAAUUUUUUUAGUAAUUCAACAAAUAUAUUAUCACCAAGUAUUAAUAGUUAUAAUAUAAAUAAUUCGAAUGGAUAUUCAUCGUUUCCUAAUACAUAUACAGAUAACAAUAAUAAUAUAUAUGAUGAUAUAUAUGAUAAAAGAAAUUAUAUGUAUUUUAAAAAUAUGAAUAAUUUCUCAAAUAUUAAAGAUGAAGAUGAGAAGUUAUUUAAUUUUAUUUAUGAUCCUUCAAAACAUUUAUGUGGUAACAAAAUAAAUUAUUGUUCAAGUUAUUUUCAUUUUUUUGAUAAAAAUCAAGAAGAUAUAAAAAAAAAGUUACAGUUAUUUAUAAAUACACAUUCACCUACUAUGGUAAAUGUUACAGAGAAGUGGAAUAAUUUUUAUGAGAAUAAAAAUAAAAUAUACUCAUUUGUAGAAAAAUAUAAAGAUAUAAAAGUUUCUUCGAUUGAUCAUUUUAAGAAGGACACAACAGAGAAAUUUAUAAGUGCCUUUGUUGAGACUUUUUCUUGCGCCAAUCGUAUUCAUUGGGGGAACCAAAAGGAAGUAAUAGAAGACAACGAUGGUAAUUAUGAUGAUAAAAAAAAGGAAGAGCAACCAGAAGAAGAAGAAGAAAUAGUAAAGCACGACAAUAAUAAUAAUGAUGAUAACAAAAAAAAUGAUGAUAACAAAAAAAAUGAUGAUAACAAAAAAAAUGAUGAUAAUAAUAUAAAUGAUGAUAAUAAUAUAAAUGAUGGUGAUAAUAUAAAUGAAGAAAAAAAAAGAAAAAAAAAUCUAUCCACUUAUCAGCAACACAAUAUAUAUGAUAAUCAUAAAUCAUUAUAUGAUGAUGAUAAAAAAAAAGAUGAAGAACAAAAUUGUAGUAAGCAACAUGAUGAAAAAAUAGAAGAAAAAAGUGAUACAUUAUUAAAAAAUGAUGAUAUACAAGAAAAUAUAAUAAAAAGUAAUAAUGAUAUAAUAAAUCAAGAAAAUGAUGAUAAUAAUAAAAAAAAAAAAAAAAAUUUCUGGAAUAUAUUUGAAUUAAUUAAAAAGGAUUCUUAUAAUAAUAAUAAUAAUAAUGAUAAUAAUAAUGAUGAUAGUAAACAAAAUAGUGUAUGUAAAUUUUUGGAAGAAAACAAUAACUUAUCAAAUAAUGAUCAAAUCGAAAAAAGUGUUGAAAAAGAUAUUUUCACAGAUCAAUAUGAAACAAAUAAAAAUGGAAGUGUAAUACAAGAAAGUGAUAAUGAUAAUUAUAAUACAACAAGAAAUGAAGAAAUACAUGAAGAUGAAGAUGAAGAUGAAGAUGAAGAAGAAGAAGAAGAUGAUGGUGAUGAAGAAAAAGAACAUAAAAAAGAUGAAUCGAUAGAAAUGAAACAUAAAAGAAUAUUAAAUGAUAAUAUAAAUAAUAAAGAUAUAUCAUUACAUAAUGAUAAUAAUACUCUAUAUAAUGGAGGUAUAGGUAUGUUUAAUAAUAAUAAUUUUUGUAGUGAUAAUUCAAAUACUAAAGAUUCAUUGAGCUUAAUGAUUUCUCAUAAAUCCUUAACGAUGGAUUUAAAUGAGUCAAUGGAGAUUGAAAAAAAAAAAAAAAAAGAGCAACAAUAUAAUGAUGAUAAUAAUAAUAUAAAUAUUUAUCAUAAUAAUUUACCUAGUAAUUCUCGUAAUAAUAUUAAUGUUCAGGUUAAAAAAGAAAUAUUUUUAAAUGAUCAUGAAAAAGAUAAAUUAAAAAAUGAUGAUAAAAAAAAAAUAUCAGAUCAUGAUUUUCAAAAUGAUCCUAGUGAUAAAUGUAAUAAUAAUGAUAAUCCUUCAUUUAACAAUAUAAAUAGAAAAAAUUAUUUUCCAAAUUAUAUUAUAUUAAACAAUUUAAAUAUUCUCAUAACAGAUUUAAACGAACUAUAUGAUUAUGUAGAAAAUGGUAUUGAUAAAAAUUUAUUACGUCAGAAAAAUAUAGCAUUAGAUUUCUUGCUAAAAGGAGAUAAUAAAUCCUUACCUUUAGGUGUAUUACCUAUUGAUAAUGAUGAAAACGAUAAGCAUUAUCAUCAUCAUCAUCAUCACCAUCACCACCAUAACGUUUUUGUAGUAGAGCCAACAACAACAUGCACUAAUGAAUUAUGUAAAAGAAAUAAUAAUAUAUUAAAUAAAAAAAAUAAGGAGAAUGAAAUUGGCAGAUGUAGUUCAAAUUGUAUGGGAGAAAAAUGUUAUUCUAUUCAUUAUAAUGAUAAAGAAAUAAUAAGAAAAAAUGUGGAAAAUAAAAAAGAUGAAUGUGCUAAUAUUGAUAUGAUAUCUUCAUUGGAUUAUCAAAGCUUUUGCAGAGUUUGCUCAGGCAUAGAAUAUGAAAAUUUUCAAAACAAUAUAGAUUAUAAAAAAGAAAAUAAUUAUAAAAUACCUGAAGUUUUUAUUAAUGAAAGUGAUUUUUUUUGUAAUUGUAAUAAUAUGAAUAUAUUAACAAACAAUAAUACGAAUUAUAAUUUUAAUAAACAUAAUAUGAGUAAUAAUAUGAGUAAUAAUAUGAGUAAUAAUAUGAAUAAUAAUAUGAAUAAUAAUGUUUAUGAUAUGGAUUAUAAUAAUAAACCUUUUUUUCUUGAUAAGUCCUAUAAUGAUAAUAAUAAUUAUUGUAUGAAUAAAUUUAAUGAUAUUCACAAAAUGAAUGAUGUAAUUACACAACAUUUUUUUUAUAAUGAUGAAUAUAAAACAGACAUAGAUGAUAAAAAAAGAAAAUUCGGCCUACAUAUAGAUAAAAGAAAUAAUAAUAAUAAUAUACAAAAUGAUGAUAUUACUAAUAAUUAUUAUAAUGCAUAUGUCACAAAAGGGAAAAAUAAAUUCUGGAGUAUUGAUAACGACAAAUCAUUAGAAAAUAAUAAAAAUGUAACACUAAAUAGUAGAGAAUUAAGAAAUUCAAAAAAAAGUAAAUUAAUAACAAAAAAUAAUCAAUCAGAUACAAAUAAAACCAAUAAUAAAACAACAAAGAGCGCUAGUAAUGUUGAGGGGAAAUCUCCAAGAGUUAAAAAAUUAGAAAAAUUUACAAAUGUUGAUCAAGAAGAACUAAGAGAGGUAUUUGGACCUACAGGAGUGUCAGGGGUUUAUUUUGAAAAAAGCAGAAGUAGUUGGACGGCACAAUAUAAAGUUAGUGGUGGUAAAAGAAGAGCAAAAAGAUUUCUUGUUACCAAAAAUAUGUCAUAUGAAGAAAUAGAAAAUGUGAAACAACAAUGUAUUGCUUACAGAAAACAAAUGGAAAGAGAAUAUAUUAAAGAAUUCUUAAAUGAGGAAAAUAAAAAAAAAAUUAAUAAUUCAGAAAAUGAUCCACUCGCCACGGAUGUUGCUGAUGGGGUCAAAAAAAUCAAAAGAAAAAGAAAAUUGAAAAAUUUUUAUGAAGGUUAA